AUGGGAUUAGAUCCUUUCCACUUUGUGGCCGUUCCAGCUCCUCCAAAGGGGGCCAGCUCUCCUGCUGGAGGCGGCCAGGCCACCCGCCAGGGUGCUAAUGUGGCCAAGGCCCUGGAGCUGAGCUGGAUGGCGCGGGUGGGGGCCCUCUUCAAAGGCGUGGUGCUGAACGGGACGUCCGGUGAGGGCCAGCUGAGGGCCCGCGGCCUGGUGGACUGCGAGCUGCAGAAGGAAUACACCUUCAUCAUCCAGGCUCACGACUGCGGCUCAGGCCCCGGGGGCGCGGAGGUCAAAAAGUCCCACAAGGCCGUGGUGCACAUCCAGGUCAACGACGUCAACGAGUUCGCCCCCGUGUUUCGGGAGCCCGAGUACCGAGCCGCGGUGACCGAGGGCAAGAUCUACGACAGCAUCCUGCAGGUGGAGGCCACUGACCAGGACUGCUCCCCGCAGUACAGCCAGAUCUGCAACUACCAGAUCACCACCACCAGCACACCGUUCGCUAUAGACCGCAAUGGUAACAUCCGGAACACGGAGAAGCUGAGCUACGACCGCCAGCAGCAGUACGACGUCCAGGUGACGGCCUGGGACUGCGGCCAGAAGAGAGCGCUGCGCGGCGUCCCCGUGCGCAUCGACGUCAAGCCCGCCUGCAAGCCCGGCUGGCAAGGUUGGAACGAGCGGGUCGACUAUGAGCCGGGAACGGGAAGUAAGCAGCUGUUUCCCAAAAUGCACCUGGAGACGUGCGGCGGGCCGCUGUCGUCGGUGAGGACCACGGUGGAGCUGCAGACCAGCCACAUCGGGAAGGGCUGCGACCGCGAGACCUACUCGGAGAAGUCUCUACAGAAGCUCUGCGGGGCCUCCUCGGGCAGCACGGACCUCCUGCCCGCCCCCGGCGCCGCCACUAACUGGACGGCUUCCCUGGUCACCGACAGCGGCCGGGACAGCGACCUGAUCUUCAAGUUCGCCGGCCGCCAGGCGGCUAAAAUCCCCGACUGGGUGGUGCCCCAGAACCUGACGGACCAGUUCACCGUGGCCACCUGGAUGAGGCACGGGCCGAGUCCCGGGCCGAGGGCCGAGAAGGAGACUCUCCUGUGUAACUCCGACAAGACGGAGAUGAACCGCCAUCACUACUCGCUUUACGUCCAUAACUGCCGCCUGGUGUUCCUUCUGAGGAGGGAUUUCACCCAGGUGGACACCUUCAGGCCGGCCGAGUUCCACUGGAAACUGGAGCAGAUCUGUGACGAGGAGUGGCAUUACUACGUCAUCAACGUGGAGUUCCCAGGCGUGACCCUCUACGUGGACGGGGUGACCUACGACCCCUACCUGGUGACCGACGACUGGCCCAUCCACCCCUCGCAGAUCGACGUGCAGCUCACGGUUGGCGCCUGCUGGCAAGGUGGCGAGGUGACCAAGCCGCGGUUCACUCAGUACUUCCGGGGCAGCCUCUCCGGACUGACCAUCCGACCGGGGCAAGAUCGAAGAGUCAGAAGGUCAUUUCCCUGCCUGCAAGCGCUGCAAAGAGGGACUGGACAUCAACUCUCUGAAGAGUCUGGACAAGAACCUCAAGGUAUUUACUGUUUUUUUCUACUCUGCUUUUCACACGUACUAAACAUUCACCAUUUGACGCAGCAGCAUCAGGGAGCUCUGGAGGUGCUGGUAUAUGCGUUUAUUCAUGCUAAGCUACGCUACCCGGCUAGUAGCCAUGUUGAGUAUUUCUAUUGGCAUGACAGCAAAUUUGAGUUCACAGUAAAAAAUUGGUUUUGUAAACGGCGUCGUGCCUAAACUGAGCAAACACAC